AUGGUGGCGAAGCAAAGUGGCUUUUUAGCGGGAUCAUCAAAUGGGUUCCGAGAGGCUAAAGGGGAAAAGGUGGGAGGAGAAAUUAGGGGAUUGUGGGCGGUGGCGAAGGCUCGUGGUAAACAGAUUGGCAAGCAGAUCGACAAGCCACACGCGAGGCUAUUCUUUGAAUUUCAGUCAGCUUUUGGAACAAGGUGUGAGCUGAACCUCUUUCAGAUUAUCGAUGCUUCUAAAGCCCCAAUCACCGAGCGGAAAGGGGUAAUUGUUUACCAUCAUAUGAUCGCCAACCAGAUCCCGAUCAUGGUCAAUGUUGCAGUGAUUGAUAGGAAUAGCAGUUGUCAUGUUCAAAAUUAUUCUCAGUUGCUUUCGUGGGUGUUGUCCAAAAGACUCCAACAGUAUGCUCACCCUUAUGCCACGGGGGUUGUAGUCCCUGUAUUCGUUAAAGGGAGGACAGGUCACAUCUACCCAGGUUUGGAGAAGACGAAAGAUCAAUUGGACCAGGUCGAGCAAGAACCCAAGAGUCUCAAAGAGUACGACUUUCGGGAUCCGCUCUCUGGUGAGGGACGGCAAUUCCGAACCAUUUCUGCUGGAACUGCAAUGGCCAGUAAUGCGACGGUGGAAUCAACAAUAAAAGAAAGACAAAGCGCAGAUACUUCCGAUGCAACAAGGCAAGCUGCAAGACUUGUCUAG